AUGGCAUCUGGAAGAAAUAGUGCAUCACCUCAUAGCCUGCGCUCAGGCUCUGCAUCCCAUCGUUCUCAAUCUUUCAAACAAAGCCAUCAAUCUUCUCUUAAUGGUGUUAAUGAAUCUAAUGAAGAAGUCAGUAGUGAUUAUCUUUGUCCAAUUUGUUUUGAAUUAAUCGAAGAAGCUCACAUCACUCGUUGUGGUCAUACAUAUUGCUAUAGUUGCAUAACGAAAGCCCUUGUAGAAAAACCGCAGUGUCCAAGAUGUGGUGUCAGCACGAGAGUAACUGACAUUUUUCCAAAUUUUUUACUUAACGAUUUAGUUUCAAAGCACAAAACUAAGUUAUUUGCUCAAGAACUUAGUCAAGCUUUAAAUUCUCAAGAAAGAGUACACACCAACGGUUUAAGAGAUUUUGUUACUUCCGGCUCUCAAAAUUUAUCAUUGCCAGAUGUUAAUGUUAUGCUUGAAGUGUUAAAUCAAAGGAAAUGCAUUUUAGAAGCUGAAACUUGCACGGCUCAAAACGAGCUAUUGUAUGAAUUUUUAAAACAUUUGCGACAACAAAGAGAAGAAAAAUUAAAACAGUUGACGAGAGAAGUUGCCUUGAUACAAAAAGACAUGGAAGAAGUUGAGAGCAUAUUAAAAAAUAUAGAAAUAUCAAAAUCAAAUAUGAUCACAUCGGACACGGUCGAUAGCGACAUGAAAAGUGUUACCGAUAAAAAUUUCACAAACGAUGGUUAUUUUUCAUCAAAAAAAAAUAUAGAAAACAUAACGUCGAAUUUAGCCAAUCGAAGAAAAAGAAUGCACGCUCAUUUUGACGAUUUCGUACAAUGUUAUUUUUCUGCAAGGGCAAAAGAAUUAUUGUUCGGUAUCGAUCAGAAUGAAAAAUCCGUUCCAGACAGUUCUGGUUCAGAAUCUGGAUUGAACGUUUUCCGCGAGAACUUAGUUAAAUUUUCAAGAUACAAUUGUCUUCGUCCGUUAGCCGUAUUAAAUUAUUCUAGUGACAUAUUUAACAAUUCGACAAUUGUGUCGAGCAUUGAAUUUGACAAAGACAAUGAAUUUUUUGCCAUAGCCGGAGUGACAAAACUCAUUAAAAUCUACGAUUACGGGUCGGUGAUACGAGACAUGGUGGACAUACAUUAUCCGUGUUUGGAAAUGACUUCGACGUCGAAAAUCUCAUGCGUGAGUUGGAAUUUUUACCACAAAGGAACUCUUGCUAGCAGCGACUACGAGGGUACGAUAACCGUUUGGGACGUGACCACCGGUCAAAGAACUAAAACAUUUCAAGAACACGAAAAACGUUGUUGGAGCGUGGAUUUCAAUAAUGUCGACACGAGAUUGAUCGCAUCGGGAUCGGACGACGCGAGAGUCAAGCUCUGGGAUUUGAAUAAUGAUCAUUCUGUGGCAUCACUCGAAGCCAAAGCAAACGUUUGCUGCGUCAAAUUCAAUCCCUGCAGCAGUUACAAUCUCGCUUUCGGCUCUGCCGAUCAUUGCGUUCACUACUACGAUUUGAGAAAAAUGAAAGAGGCUCUGUCCGUGUUCAAGGGUCACAGGAAAGCCGUGUCCUACGUGAAAUUUUUAAACAAGGAAGACAUUGUUUCAGCAUCCACGGAUUCCCAAUUGAAAAUGUGGAACGUUAAUCAGUCUCACUGUUUAAGGUCUUUCGUGGGACACAUAAACGAAAAAAAUUUCGUCGGAUUGGCCACGGAUGGAGAUUACGUUGCUUGCGGUUCGGAAAACAAUUCAUUGUACGUCUACUACAAAGGAGUUACAAAACAACUUUUCAAUUUUAAAUUCGACACCGUUCGCAGCGUGUUGGAAAAAAGCAGCAAGGAAGACGAUGCAAACGAAUUUGUUUCGGCCGUUUGUUGGAGACAACAAUCGAACGUUGUCGUCGCUGCCAACAGUCAGGGAAUAAUUAAAAUAUUGGAACUCGUUUAA